UCAGUUUCGGUGCGUUUUAGCUAUUUGUCGUUUUGCCGCGAAGCAUUGACGAAUUUACACUUCAAACAAUUGUUAAUUGCAAAUACAUAGGAGGUACGUAAUAGACAAUGUGCUUGUAUUUGCAAGAGAAGAGUGCGUUCGCAGCCGUGCGACUAUGGACGAGGGCUUAGUUUCGGUUUCAGAGUUGCGCGUUGCAGUUGGAUCGCUCGGGGAUUCCAUAUUCGAAGAAUUCCCCCAAUUAACCCGGCAGGCCACGCAUUUCCUGACGCAGCAAAAAAAGAUUAAAGAGAGUAGCACUGAUUAUCGAUUUUGUGCCCAUGUGUGAAAGCGUUUGACAAAAAAAUUAAUAAAAAAGCCUCUGCCAAACCGACGGGCUGUGCAAUCCCCUAGCUAAAGUAUUCCCAUAUCCACAACCCUCGACCCAAAGCCGGCAGGUGCAAUAAAUACGCGACAUGGCGGCCAAGCGGAAUGCCGUGACCACGGAAGCUCCGGAAUCGUCGGCGGCGCCCGGCGAGGGAACCCUGCUGGCCCUGGACCCGCGCCUCUCGAAGCGCGUGGAGAGCGUCAUUCCCAAGAAGCGCCAUGAGGCCCUGAAAUGGUUUGGCUGGGGCUACAACGACUCUCAGUUUUACGGAAAGGAUGGCGUCAUCUGUUUUCGCGGCGACAAAUAUCCCCUUGCUGGUUGCGAGCUGCCCGGCUUCACCAAGUGGGUGAAGGACAGGUUCCAGCUGUCGGUGGAUCCCGGCAAGCCGUAUCCCCAGCUGCCGCAGUCCUUUCCCCGCCCGGUGGAGAAUGCUCCCUUCCUUCGCGAACUGAAGGGUACCACCAAGGUGGAUCACUCGCUGGAGGGCAUCGAUAGGCUAGUGCGUUGCCAUGGCCAAACCCUUAAUGACAUAUACAGCCUGUGGCACCACAAGUUCAACAGGAUUCCCGACCUGGUGGUGUGGCCCCGCUGCCACGACGAGGUGGUCCAGCUGGUGCGUCUGGCCCACAAGCACAAUGUGAUGCUGGUUCCUUUUGGAGGGGGAACGAGUGUCUCGGGGGCCGUGACCUGUCCCCAGAAUGAGUCUCGAAUGAUCUGCGUCCUGGACACCUCCCAGAUGAAUCGCCUGCUCUGGCUUAAUAGGGAGAACCUCACCGUGUGCUUUGAGUCUGGAAUUGUGGGUCAGGAUCUGGAGAGGGUCCUGAGGGAACAGGGCCUGACGGUGGGCCACGAACCGGAUUCCUACGAGUUCAGCACCCUGGGCGGCUGGGUGGCCACCCGUGCCUCUGGGAUGAAGAAGAAUGUCUACGGAAAUAUCGAGGAUCUGGUGGUGCGCGUCAGGAUGGUGACACCCACUGGUACUCUGGAGCGGGAGUGCAGUGCACCGCGCGUGAGCUGCGGACCGGAUUUCAACCAUGUGAUCCUGGGCUCCGAGGGCAUGCUGGGCGUCAUCACGGAGGUGGUGCUAAAGGUGCGACCCCUGCCUCCAGUGCGGCGUUACGGAUCCUUGGCCUUUCCCAACUUUGAGGAGGGUGUGCUCUUCAUGCGCGAGGUGGCCCGAAGGAGAUGUCAGCCCGCCUCCGUCCGGCUAAUGGACAACGAGCAGUUUAUGUUUGGCCAGGCUCUGAAGCCGGAGAAGAGCUGGUGGGAGGCGGUCAAGGAUGGACUGAAGCAGCGCUACGUUACCUCUUGGAAGGGCAUCGAUCUUAGCCAGAUCUGUGCCGCCACUUUGCUCUUUGAAGGAGAGCUGAAGGAUGUGCAGCGUCAGGAGGCGCUCAUCUAUGAGAUUGCAGCACAGUUUAAGGGUUUUCCAGCGGGCGCCCAGAAUGGAGAACGUGGCUACAUACUGACCUUUGUGAUUGCCUACAUCAGGGACUUUGGCCUGAAUCAGGGCAUUGUGGCCGAGUCCUUUGAGACCUCUGUGCCCUGGGAUCGCUGCAGUCUGCUCUGCCGCUCAGUCAAGCAUCGCUUGGCCACGGAGUGCCAUAAGCGCGGCAUAACUUUGUACAUGUCCUCGUGUCGCGUGACCCAAACCUAUGAUUCUGGCGCCUGCAUCUACUUCUACUUUGGUUUCCGCUGCGUGGAUGUGCCUAAUCCCGUGGAGCUCUUCGAGGCCAUUGAGCACAGUGCCCGCGAUGAGAUUUUGUCCUGUGGAGGAUCCCUCUCCCAUCACCAUGGCGUGGGCAAAAUCCGUACCCAUUGGUACCGGGAUGCUGUCACCGAGACGGGCAGCUCCUUGUUCUCAGCAGCCAAGCGGCAUCUCGACCCUAAGAAUAUCUUUGCCCUGGGGAACCUCUUGCCCCUGGAGGAGGAGGAGGAUCAUCCGAAGAUUGAAGCCCUGCCAGCUUCAUCAUCAACACCACCGAAAGCCAAACUGUAGAGCAUAGAGUUCAUCUUAGUCCAUGUCCUAGUCUUAGUCUCUAAACUGAUUUCCUAGUCGCUCUUGGGGGUCUCUUUCUAUACCAACUUGUUCGGGUAUUCAGUGCUUUUGUAGCGGGCUCAUGUUUUCUAUGGGUUUUUUGAUAAAUAAAUGGAAUAUUUACGUAUUUGUAUAAUUAAAAAUGCUUUAUUUUA